GAUAACAUCAUCCUAAAAUGCGCCCGCCACCAGCAACAGUAACUUUAAUCAUACUCUCUUCUUUAUAAACAAUCUCUCUUCCCUCCAUCCUGCCUUGUAAUCCUCAAUUCAAUUCAAAUCCCCUCUCUCUCUCUCUAUCUCAUUAUUACUCUCUCUUCUGUUCUCUCUUCCUCUUAAUAACAAACAAUCAAUGUCUUCUCCCAUGUUGCUUCUUCUACUACUACUAUGUUUCAUACUCUGUUUUUCACCCUCGUCUCAAAUUAUUCUAUUACCCUUAACACACUCAAUUUCCAAUACCCAAUUCAACAGUACCCACCACCUCCUCAAAUCGACCUCAACCCGCUCCAUAAAACGCUUCCACCACCAACACAACAACAACCACCACCAACCCCAAGUUUCUCUCCCACUCUCUCCCGGUAGUGAUUACACACUUUCUUUCAACCUAGGUUCACACCCUCCACAACUCAUAACUCUCUACAUGGACACAGGCAGUGACCUUGUCUGGUUCCCUUGUUCUCCUUUCGAAUGCAUCCUCUGUGAAGGAAAACCACAAACCACAAAACCCGCAAACAUCACAAAAGCACACUCUGUUUCCUGUCAAUCCCCUGCAUGUUCCGCUUCACACGCAACCUUGUCUUCUAGUGAUCUCUGUGCUAUUUCUCGUUGCCCUUUAGACUUCAUUGAAACUUCUGAUUGUUCUUCUUUCUCUUGUCCACCUUUUUACUACGCUUAUGGCGACGGAAGCUUCGUCGCUAAUCUAUAUCGUCACACACUUUCUCUUUCUUCUCUUCUUCUUCAUAACUUCACGUUUGGUUGUGCUCAUACCGCCCUCGCUGAACCCACCGGCGUCGCUGGUUUCGGCCGUGGACUUCUCUCUCUCCCUGCUCAGUUAUCCACUCUCUCACCUCAUCUGGGUAAUCGUUUUUCUUAUUGUUUGGUUUCUCAUUCAUUCGACAGUGACCGAGUUCGUCAACCGAGUCCACUCAUUCUCGGCCGUUACGAUACUACCGCCGGAGAAGAUAUUGAGUUCGCCUACACUUCCAUGCUUUCGAAUCCUAAGCAUCCUUAUUAUUACUGCGUUGGUCUCGCCGGAAUAUCCGUCGGGAAGAAAACUGUGCCGGCGCCGGAGAUUCUCAAAAGGGUUGACGAGAAAGGUAACGGCGGGAUGGUAGUUGAUUCUGGAACUACGUUUACGAUGUUGCCGGAGAUUUUUUACAACGCGGUGGUUGCUGAGUUCGAUAAACGAGUUGGACGAGUUCACAAGCGAGCGAGUGAGAUAGAAACGAAAACGGGUCUUGCUCCGUGUUAUUAUUUAAAUGGAUUUUCACAGAUACCAACGAUGACGUUGCAUUUUGUUGGGAAUAGUUCGGGUGUGGUGUUGCCUAGGAAGAAUUAUUUUUAUGAAUUUUUGGACGGUGGUGAUGAGAAGACAAGGAAAGGGAAAGUUGGAUGUAUGAUGCUGAUGAACGGUGGUGAUGAGACUGAGUUAGAUGGUGGACCUGGAGCUACACUAGGGAAUUAUCAACAGCAAGGAUUUGAGGUAGUGUAUGAUUUGGAGAAAGAGCGCGUGGGUUUCGCAAAGAAAGAGUGCGCGUUACUUUGGGAUAGCCUUAAUAGUGAGAAAAACUAACGUCCACGGUGUUCUGAGUAUCACUCGAUUAUUUGCAUCUAACUGAAGUUUCACUUAUGGGUCGGGUCGGGUCGGGUCUAAUGUAAAUGUUAAAUAAUGCGGCGAUGAUUCAUCCAUGGCCCGUUAUCUUAUAUGUGUACAUGAGCCAAGUUGAUAAGAUAGAUUUAAUUUAAUUUAAUGUUUGUUUAUAUUGUACUAAUAGACAUUAUUAAUUCAUUAUGUAAUUAACACUCGGUAAAAAGUGGAAUCUGAAUAGAGUGGUGUAUGUUUUAGUUAUUUGUUAA